UGCAGGCAGCAGAGCCCUAAUUAAACACGUAGCACAGGUGUGCUCUGCCGGAGCGCUUCUCCUGUCUUUGCUGUUUGUACGAGGACAUAAUAGUAUUGAAAGUACUAAUAAAAAGCAACAGAUUUUCUGGUUUAACAUAUGUUACUUGUUAAAAUGAAGGUGCCAGAGGAGGAAUUAAUGAGCAAUAUUUUGAAGCGGUUAACGGGCGAGUCUGCACUCCCUGUUUACAGCAACAUUGAGAAGUUGAAACGAGGAAAGGACGGCUUGUACUUUGUCGCCGAAGACUUUAAUGAAACUGUGAAAAAAAGAGAAUUAGUCAACGCCAAGGAACGACUAAGAAUCAGGAACUUGAACACCAUGUUCUCCCGCUUGAAGCGCAUGGUGCCACUAAUGCGACCAGACCGGAAGCCCAGUAAAGUGGACACACUUAAAGCUGCAACGGAAUACAUUCGAUUGCUUGUUGCAGUUUUGCAGGACACUGACAGUGUUGAUGGCAGUGGGACUGAUUUCCUAAAGAAUGCAAUCACUUAUGGUCAGACUGAAGGUUUGGCCAAUGACCUAUGGAGAAUGGAUGAUUUGCUGAACAUGUCAGAGGAGCGCUUGGAAGAUGGAUUCACUAUGCCCCCAGAACCAGUAACAGAGGAUGGAGAUAUGACCAGACUGGUGUUGCAACAUUGUGUGAUGCCUGCAUACCAGUUCAUCAUCCAAGUAGCACCUGACCAGACUUCGAUGUCUCAACCCUUCUGAGUGGUGUUUAGAGCAGAUGGCUUGGACCAAUAUUGGAAACCUGCCAGGGGCCUGUUGCUUUGAAGAAAGGAUUUCUCUCGAAGAAAAUUUUAUUUAUUUAAUUUUUGAAAUUAAACUUUUGUUGUGUAAAUUAAUGUUUUUAUUUUCAUUUUACAAACUGUACCCUCGGCAGCCCUUAAAUAAAAUGUACAAGACACCUUCUGUUUUUAAAACUUCUGUUUGAAAGGGUUCGUUGUUUUCUAUCGAAGUCUAAUAGAUAGCCUUCUCAUUCAACUUUAACUCGUCAUGGUACGAUGAUUUAUGUUUGGAAAAUAUUAAAUGAAUAUUAUCAGCUUUCAGGAAUUGUCCUUUUGAAGGAAGAAAUUUGUACCAAGAGGACAGACUUUUUUUUUUUGGGUACAUUUCUGGCUGUCAUGUUAAUUUGUCCACAUAAUUAAAUGCUGUGUUUGCCAA